AUGACGAAAGGUUUAUCUGCAUCAAAUACGCCUAAUGUAUCAAAUAAACAACAAGAAAAUAUUCAUCAAUUAUGGUUAACAGCAGAUGGUGUAUGUUUUGAUGUUGAUUCAACUGUAUGUAUUGAUGAAGCUAUUGAUGAAUUAGCAAAAUUUCAAAAAGUUGGUACAUUAGUUGAAGCAAUAACACGAAAUGCAAUGGGUGGUAAUAUGAGUUUUCGUACAGCAUUACAAGCACGUCUUAAUCUUAUUAAACCAACAUAUGAAAAUUUAGAAGAAUUUAUUGAAAAUUUUCCAUCACAAUUAACAGAUGGUAUUACGGAACUUAUUAAUCUAUUACAUGAACGAAAAAUUCCUGUUUAUUUAAUAACAGGUGGUUUUCAUUCGAUUGUUGAUCCUAUUGCAAAAAAAUUAAAUAUUCCAUUAAAAAAUGUAUUUGCUAAUCGAUUAUUAUUUAAUGAUAAUGGUACAUAUGCCGGUUUUGAUGAAAAUGAAAUGACAUCAGAUUCAGGUGGUAAAGGACGUGUUAUUGAAUAUUUAAAAUCAAAAUAUGAUUAUCAACGUUUAAUUAUGAUUGGUGAUGGUGCAACAGAUAUGGAAGCAAAUGCUGAUGGAUUUAUUGGUUUUGGUGGAAAUGUUAUACGAGAUAUUGUUCGUGAUAAUUCACCAUGGUUUGUUAAUUCAUUUUAUGUACUUAUUGAUGAAUUACGAAAUAAUAGUAAAACAACUGUAUCACAUCAUCGAACAUUGACUACAAGAAAAUAUUCAACAGAAGUAAUAGCAAAUUAA